UUAGUCAGAAGCUGGAAAUAACCAGAAACGGGAUUAAAACUGAUUCUCCUGGACGGAUGGAUGAUUCAGAAGUCAGAAAUGAAGCCACCUCUAGUGAUAUAGCAUUUGAACAGGCUCCUGUCACUGAAAUCCACAUACAGUCAAUAUGUGGUAAAGUGGGCACAGAAUGGAGAGAUCUGGGUACAGUCUUACGGCUUGAAUCAGCGUUGAUGAAUAUUAUUGAGGCUGAUCUCAGCGAAUGCCGUGAAAGGGCACGGAAAGUGCUUCAAAAGUGGAAACAAAAAAACGGAAAUAGAGCAACAGUUGGAAUCCUUAUAAAUGCUCUUAACGAGAUAAAUAGGAAAGACGUCGUCGAAAAACUGCUCGAUACAGAAAAAGUGGAGGCCGGAUUGAGCUCCGUUCGAAUUGCAAGUGGAAAUUUACGAAAGGACGUUAAACUUUUAAAGGAAGAAGUACAAAACGUGCAACGGAUUCAUGAGGAAACACGGAAAGAACUCAAAGAAUUAAAAGAAAUCGUGUACAAAAUACAAACAGCAACGGGAGAUGAAGAGCGGCAGCACAUGGAAACUAGGGUGCAACGCAGAGAGACAACAAUUGAACUGCUUGACGAGCAGGAUCCAAUGCAAAGAUCGACUCGAUUGGAAGAAAUUUGCGGCAGGAUUGACCAGGAUCUGCGUGUUGUACAGGACAGCAUCAAAAUAGUCUCUGAAAACCAAAACGCGGUGGUUGGAAUGUCAUUCGAAGCCGGCAGGAAUGCAUCAGAUGAACCAAAUGAGAGCCAACAGGGGGAAACCACAUCGGCAGAUCCAAUCCAGAGAGACACAAUACGGAGGGAUUGGCAGAACCAAAGAUACAAUGAACCUAUUAUACGACCUUUGCUUGACGGAUUUCCAGGAUAUGAAAAGGAACUCAACGAAGUGGAAGGAGAAAGAGAUUCACUGAAAACCAAAUCUGGUAAAUCAGACCAAACGAACCAAAGACAACUGGAGAAGAAAAGAAAGUUAAAAACAAAUAAUAAACAAGUUAAAGAGGAAAGAAACGAUACCAUUGAACCAAACAAAACAAUGGUGGAGCAGAUUCAAAAGCUUGAAGCCGAGAAAAAGGAGCUCGAAAUGACGUUAAAUGGUCAAACCGAUCUGAAGACUGAAAAUAAAGAGCUGUCGACUCAAAUAGAAAGGCUGACAAAAAAAGCAAACAACUCUGAGUUUGAGUGCAAGCGGCUACAAGAGGAGCUCAAGACGUACAUAAAUUACCAAAGUCGCGUUUUCUUACCAGCUGGAAAGGAAUUUGCCGGCAUAUGCACUGGUGUCAUCUGCUUCCUAAAACAAAGAUUGAGAGAUGCACCCUGCGCUGAACUGAUUGCAUCCAGAUCCUCCGAUGGCCCUGGAGAUGGGGCUGACGUAUUAAACCAUAAGAUGGGCACCGUCAGUGGGACAGAAGGAAAGAAAAAUUCGUGGUGGUCUAUUGAUCUGGGCUCAAGCCAUCGGCUUGUGAUCACACACUACGCUUUAAGGCACGGCAAAAGAGAAAAAGAGUCACUGCUAACCCAGUGGCAGCUGAAGGGAUCAAAUGAUGGGAAGCACUGGGAAAACAUUGAAACUAUUCACGACAAGAAAGAACCACAGUUCAAAGACCCUACUCCAUUUUGUACAGGCAAAUGGUCUGUCAAAGGGGAAAUAGGGCCUUUUCGUUUUUUUCGAAUUUUCCAGACAGGUGUUAAUUCCUCUGGCAAAUAUGGAAUAUACCUAUCUGGAAUUGAGUUCUACGGAGUACUUCUGAACAUGUGUGAGCUAGGAGCUAUGGAGGCUUUAUCCUAUAAACCGAGUCGGGAGGUGGAAAUAACCGAUUCUCUUGGACGGAUGGGGGAUUCUGACGACAGCAAUAAAGCCACUUCUAGUGGUCUACAGUUUGAGCAGGUUCUUAUCAAUGCAAACCAGAAGGAGUUAAUAUGUGAGGAAGUAGGUAAACACUGGAAAAAACUGGGUUCAGCCUUAGGGCUCUCAUCAGCUUUUCUGAAUAACACUGAGACUGAUCACAGCGGUGAUUGCUGUGAAAGGGUACAAAAAGUGCUUGAAAAGUGGCAACAAGAAAACGGAAGUGGAGCAACAAUGGAAGUUCUUAAAAAUGCUCUGGUGAAGAUAGGGAGGAGAGAUGUUGCCGAAAAACUGCUUGAAAUAAGAAAAGUGGAGACAAGCUCACGUUACGAUAAAGCGCGAUUUCAGAGGUUACAAAGUACAGUGGAACGGUUGGGGAAGGAUCUAAAGGAAAGAAUCCAAUGCAUGGAGGAAAAAUUUUCAGAGCUGCAAAAGUACCUCUCAAUUAGAAAUAUUAAUCUGAAAAAUCAGGAGCAGGAAAUGAUUCCAGUUGGAGAAGAUGAUGAUUCUCGUCAGCCAGCCGGGCUGGCUGACCGCACUCAGAAAGGCAAUGGACAGAGAUAUAGGGAUAGGCAAACAUGCGAGGGUUCAACUACGGAUGGGUUGUCGGAGAAAUACGAAUAA